GGUCAGACGCCAUACGAUCUAGCAGCAGAAUAUAAAUCUCUCCAGUAUAAAGAAGUGAUGGAAUACUUACAGUCUGUCAUGUCAGAGGAAUCUUCAGGUGUGACUGCUGGUCAAGGGAUGGAAGGUGAUAUGGUUCCAACUGAAAUAAAAUUAAUGGCUGACAAAAGAUCUAUUGAUUUGUACCUCAAAUUACUUGAGUCAGGCUCUGAGAAAAAGAAAGACAUACGUUUAGUAGUAGUUGGAAAAAAGGGUGCAGGAAAGACAUCAUUGAUUAAAAGAUUGUUCUCUGAAGAGAAUACAGAUGUAACUAGUACAAAUGGAAUAGAAAUCCACACAAUAAAAUGCAAAGCAAUGUCUGAUGAUGGCAUAUGGAAUAAAUUAGAUGGAACCAAUGAAGAAAAUGAAAUUCAUGCAAGACUUUUGAAACAAUACAAAGGAACAAUCGAAGCAUCAGUAGAAGAAGGAACACAUAAAGCUGUGAAGGAAAACACACCAUCAUCAAGUUUUGAUGAAUCAGAGGAAUCAGAGACAGUAACCCAGCAGCCUAAAAAAAGGAAACUUCAAGUAACCACUGAAUCUCAAGUUGAACCUCCAGUAACCUUGCAACAACGAAAUCAAGCAUUAGAACAGGCAAAAAUGGAGAUUGAAGCCAUGCUUAAAUAUACUGUUGAUUUACAUGACAGAGAGGAGUAUGCCACAUUAUUAUUGUGGGAUUUUGCAGGAGAUGAAGAAUUUUACCACACACAUCAAACUUUUUUAUCACAAGAUGCAAUUUAUCUUGUCGUAACAAAACUCAAUGAGGCUGACGACAAAAAAGCAAAAGAGAUGUUUCAGUUGUGGAUGAACUCAGUACAUUGCUAUUGUAGUACCACUGAAGUGCUUGAUAGUAUUGAAGAGAAGAAUAAGUCUCUUCAUCCUCCAGUCAUUCUUAUUGGUUCACAUAAAGACAAAGUUGAGGCUUCUGAGGAAGUUAAGAUUGAGGAUGCAUGUAGAGAUUGCCUUAAUAAAUAUGUUGAAGAUGUUUCAGCUGAUGCACGAAGACACAUUAGUGAUAAGUACGAGUACUUUAUUUCAAACACAGAAGAUAAUUCUAGUGUAUUCCAGCUAAUACGACAAAAUCUCUUGAACUUAGCCAAAACAAUGAAAACGUGGAAUAAAGACUAUCCUAUUAAAUUUAUUCAGUUGGAAAAAUGUCUACGAGAGAAAAAGAAGGAGUUACCAAUUAUUACCUUGAAUGAAAUUAAGCAAAUAUCUACUGAAACACCAAAUCCAUUAAACCAUGAAGAACUUAUGUUAUAUUUAAAUUUUCAUCAUGAACUCAGAGAUUUGGUUUAUUUUGAGGAUCUUCCAGAUUAUAUCAUUUUAGAUACUCAAUGGUUGUCGGAUACUUUUAAAUGUAUAAUAACAGCAGAGAAAUUUCAAUCAGGUCCCAGUCGGCAUCUUUUUACGGAUGAAUGGAAUGAUUUAAAUAUUAGAGGAAUAUUACAUAGUGUGGUUUUGGACCAAAUAUUAGAAACAAAUAAGAAAAUAUUUAAAUUUGAGGAAAAGCAAAACGUGUUUCAACAUAAAGAUCAUAUACUGAAAGUCAUGGAGAAAUUUGAUAUUAUAAUACGUCCAACUAUAUCAGACAGAGAUGCCACUGAUACAAAACCUUGCUAUUACAUACCUUGCAUGGUUAAAAAAGGACCUGACUGUCCUAUAAACGAACAAUUUUAUGUGACAGAAAAAAACUGUACAAAAUCCACUUGGUUAUGUUUCAAAUUCAAAUUUCUACCAGGACAUUUAAUGAAUCAUUUGAUCGCUUCACUGAGCAGAAAGUACGAAAUUGCAGAAGUGCCUGUCCGUGGACAAAAAAAACGGCCUAUUGCUCUUUUCAGAGGAACUGUUGUCUUUAAGUUACAGAAGACUUCAAAAUUACUUGUGAUGACAUAUCCAAAUGUUAUUCAGAUACAGGUUUGGGAUUUUGGGAAACAUGGUAACAUUGAAAGAUGUUUUUUCAAGGACAUUGAUGAUUUUGUCACAGAAGAAAUAAACACUAUAAUAAGUAAAAGAUUCCAAAUGACGACUGUAAAAUUUGACAAAAAGUGUGAAUGUGGCCUUGCAGAACCGGACUGUGUGACAGGAUUUUAUGAGCAGGAUGCAGAUUAUUUUUGUGAGAUGUGUACAGAAACACAUAUCAAUGAAUGGUCUGAUCAUGCACCCAUGAAGCUGACCAAGAUUUCUGAAAAAACUCAACAUGUUCGAGGAUCUUAUUCUUGCAUAGAGAGCACAAGUCAAAUCCAAAGUACAUCCACAAAGGUGCGUGUCAGUGUCAAACGUGGUAAGAGAGAUUAUUCAAAUAUUUCUGAAGAGCCACCAAGUAAACGCAAUUUGAGAGAGUUCACCACAGAGCAGAUCAAUUUUACAAAGAUGGGAAUAAUUGUGCUUAAUAUUCUUGCUGAUGCUUCAUAUGACCUAUUAAAACAAGAUAUACCAAAUCUACAUCCGAGGAGCGAUUGUGAUAUAACAUACUUGUACAAGGAGCACAGGAAACUAAACAAAAAUAUUCCAACUAAAGGAUGGGGAGGGAAUUGGCAAACCAUGCAGGUUACAGACAUAGCUAUUGGAGAUGAUAUUGAGCGCAUAAGACUUACAAGGAAUGAACUACAACACUCACGGGCAGCUGAACUUGGAGAUACACGUUUUAAUGAGUUGUGUAACAUAUUAAGUGAUCUUUUAAAAAGGUUUGAUCAACUUAACAAACCAGCAAGACUUUAUACAGAUCACCUAAAUGAAAUUUUGGCUAAAACUAUUUCUGCUGAGGAAGUUCAAUCAAUUGAAAAUGAAAUAUCAGAAAUGGAUAUUGAAGUUGAAAUUAUUCCAACACAAUAGAGAAAUAAGCUCAUGCGCAGUUUUUAUUGCAAAUAGUAAUUUAUAAACUUUAUUAGAAAUUUACAUACUACCUACCAUACCAACUUAUUGGCAGUAGACUGAUCAGUUUUGUGUACGAGGCCUUCGUCCUAGUAUUGAGAUAAACAGCUACCAAUUAAAGUCUGUCUUAAACUGUCUCUUCAUAGAGUUAUAAAAAGGAACCAGAUGCAAAAGUCAAUCAAACUGAUUAUUCAUAGAGUUAUGGAAUUUGAUUGCCAAGAUGAAAUAAAGAACAAAACUGUCUAUUCAUAGAGUUUAGGAAUGUUUAAUGGCUAUGAUGAAAUAGUGAAUCAAACGCUAUUCGUAGAGUUAAAAAGAGUAAUGGUCAAGUUUAAUAGUGUACCAAACUGUCUAUUCGUAAAGUUACAGAAAGUAACAGAAAGUAAUGGUCUAGAUGUAAUAGUGUACCAUAGUCGAAAUAUUGGACACAACUUAAAAUGUGAACCUAUAUUGGACUGUCUCGUUAUUAUUUAUAGUUUUUCAUUACUUGCAGCAAACCUGUAAUGUAACUAUUGCUAACACUAAACUUGUUAUGUACAGAACUAUUUUCAAAAUGUGUUUAUCAGUAUGUUUUGAGUGUAAAAAGUGUUUGUUAAUGUGUUG